AACUAACGAUAUUAGUUUAAAUCUUUAAUAACUACAAUAAAAUGGAUAGACUUAACCAAUUAAGUGGACAAUUAAGCCCAAGCUCUAAGCAAGCUCUUUUACAAAAGAACCCUGAUGAUGUUGUCAUUGUUGCCGCUUACAGAACUGCUAUUACCAAAGGUUUCAAAGGUAGUUUCAAGGAUGUCGGCAGUGAAUACAUCUUGACUCACUUUUUGAAAGAAUUCCUUGACAAGACCGGUGUUGAUCCUUCUUUGAUUGAAGAUGUUGCUAUGGGUAAUGUCUUGAACCAAGCCGCCGGUGCCACUGAACACAGAGGUGCUUGUUUAGCUGCUGGUAUCCCAUACACUGCUGGGUUAAUUGCCAUCAACAGAUUUUGUUCUUCUGGUUUAAUGGCUAUUUCUGAAAUUGCCAACAAAAUUAGAGUAGGUGAAAUUGACUGUGGUAUUGCCGGUGGUGUUGAAUCCAUGUCCAAGAACUAUAGUGCUGCCAAUCUUACUCCAAAGGUUGAUCCAUCUUUACUUAAGAAUCCUGAAAUGGCUAAAUGUUUAAUUCCUAUGGGUUACACUAACGAAAAUGUUGCUAACAAAUAUAACAUUUCUAGAGAAAGACAAGAUGUUUUCUCUGCUGAUUCUUACCAAAAGGCCGAAAAGGCCGUUAAGAACGGUGCCUUCAAGGAUGAAAUUUUACCAAUCAAGGCUCUUUUAAGAAACGAUGGCCAAGAAAAGGAAAUCGUUGUUGAUACCGAUGAAGGACCAAGACCAAACGUUACUGCAGAAUCCUUAAGUAAGAUCAAGCCAGCAUUCAAGGGUACCACCCAUGCUGGUAACGCUUCUCAAAUUUCUGAUGGUGCUGCUGCCGUGUUAUUAAUGAGAAGAUCAGUUGCUGAAGCCAAGGGUUACGAAAUUCAAGCCAAGUACAUUGCAUGUUCUGUUGCUGGUGUUCCACCUGAAAUUAUGGGUGUUGGUCCAGCUUAUGCCAUUCCAGAAGUGUUAAAGAGAACCGGUUUAACUGUUUCUGAUGUUGAUGUUUUCGAAAUCAACGAAGCCUUUGCUGCUCAAUGUCUUUACUCUGCUGAGGCCUGUAACGUUCCAAAAGAAAAGUUAAACAUCAAUGGUGGUGCUAUCGCCUUGGGUCAUCCAUUAGGUGUCACUGGUGCUAGACAAUAUGCUACCAUCUUGAGAUUGUUGAAGAAGGGUGAAAUUGGUCUUACUUCUAUGUGUAUCGGUACUGGUAUGGGUGCAGCUUCUAUUGUUGUUAGAGAGUAAAGAAGUAUUUUUAUUUAUUCCGUUUAUACUAAUAUUACAAUUGAGAAUU